AUGCAAACAACAAGAACUACUUUCAGUGACAGACGUACACCCAGACGAAAACUUGUUUUCUCUUCAAGUGAUGAUGAAACAGAUGAUAGUCCACAAUCGAUAUCUAUACUACAUAAUCUCCGACAAGAAUAUCAUCAUUCGAUUAUUCAAGAUGAACAGUUGUCGACUAAAUCAGAAAUAACAACAAGUAUCGUAACACGUUCAAAAUUAGAACAUUAUGGCUUUAAUAUGCUUGCUCGACCUGCAUCAAAACGUCAACCAUUAACUAUACAGAAUCAAAAUAAAAAAAUUCGUUCAAACGAAUCGCGUCAUUCAAUGCAAACACGUUCUCAAUCAUCAUCGGAUUCACAUUCAGAUAAUCUUGUUAACCUAUUUGAUAAAACACUUUCGACAGUGACACCAAAUCCUGUUCGUAAUCGACAACGACGAUUAAAACCAUUACCUCUCUGUUUAUCUGAUAAUGAAAAAAAUAUGCCAAUUUUAACAGUUGUUACUACAGAAGAAAAUUUAAAUAAACGAACUUAUGAUGAAGAUGAAAACAGUGAAAAUUGUCGUUCAAUAAAACGCAGUAAAAUCUUUGAUGAAACUAAUAAAGAAAAUAAUUUAUCUAUCAAAAGUUCGCGGCGUGGUAUUAGUUUAAUGCGUAGUUUAACUGACCCGAAUGAAGAACAAAUAAAACAAUCUGUUGAACUUGGUUGUAAUAGAGAAUUAGUUGGUGAUCGUUCUCGUUCAUAUCUAUUACCAAGAUGUAAAAGUCGAAAACAUCCUGAUCUUGCUUGUAUAAGUCCUGAAACGAUGGUUGAUAUAUUAGGAAAUAUCUAUUCAUCUGAAAUUGAAAAUUUACAUAUUAUUGAUUGUCGUUAUCCAUAUGAAUAUGAAGGUGGUCAUAUACAAUCAGCGAAAAAUAUAUAUACACGUUCACAAGUUUAUGAUGAAUAUUUUCGUAAACCGUUAGAAUUAAGUAAUUCAUCGAAAAGAAAUAUUUUUAUUUUUCAUUGUGAAUUUUCAUCUGAACGAGCACCAUCCAUGUUACGUUAUUUUCGCUCAGAAGAUCGUAAUAUACAUGAAAAAAAUUAUCCACAAUUACAUUAUCCAGAAAUUUAUUUACUUGAAGGCGGUUAUAAAGCAUUUUAUGAAUAUUCAAAAGAAUUCUGUUUACCAAAUCAAUAUCGAACAAUGAUUGAUGUUGAUUAUCAAGAACAAUAUCGACAAUAUCGAUUUGAAACAAAACAAUUUGAUAAAUUUACAGGUGCAAAUGAAACAACUGGUGGUGGACGACGAACACGUGGAUUAACAUUUCGUUCUUGUCUUUCAUUUUCUUCUCAUAAUACAAAUCAAUGUCGUUCAUCAAAUAUUCGAUAUGAUCUUCGAUAUACUGAAUCUCCACCACAAUAUUAA